AGUUGGUUUUCUAUUCUAAGCAAAAUGUUUUGGUUUGUGGAACAUAACCGAAAAGCCCGCGAAAACAUUCCCACCACCAUCCAUCCAUGGAAAAUUAGGGUUAGGGAUUUCGUUCUCUCUCUCUCUUCCUUGGUAAUGGCCAUUUUUCUGUGGAACUGAAACCCCGGAAGGAGAACCCUCUGUUAUCUAUUUCCUUUUUGUUAUCUAAGAUUCAGAUAGACAGACAGAUCCAUGGUGAUGGAUGAGGAGAGAGGAGAUGAAAUUGGAGAGCAAGAGGAAUUGAAUGUGGUUGAAGAAUUGGUGGGUGUGGUCGAAAUGGUCGCCCAAUUUGGAGAUUAUAGAAGGACCCAGAGAAAAGAAUGCUACAAUCUCGUGAGACGUAUGAAGCUUUUGUUGCCUCUUUUCGAAGAGUUACGAGACCUGGAUGGGUCGAUCUCAGAUAAGGAUAUUGCUUGCUUGUGUAAUUUGAAGAAGACGCUUGUUUUGGCUAAGAAAUUAUUGAAGACUUGUAAUGAAGGGAGCAAGCUUUACCUGGCGCUUGAAAGUGAGGCAAUCAUGGUAAGGUUUCACACCAUCUUUGAUAAACUAUCGCAGGCUUUGGAUGAUUUGCAUUAUGACGAUCUUCCAAUCUCAGAAGAAGUUAGAGAACAGGUUGAGCUGAUGAGUUUGCAACUCAAACGGGCAAAGAAGCGAACGGAUACACAGGAUAUAGAAUUGGCAAUGGAUAUGAUGGUGGUAUUUUCGAGAAAGGAUGACCGAAAUGCUGAUAGAGCCAUAGUAGAAAGACUUGGGAAAAAGAUUGAGUUGCAUACCGUUGAGGACCUUAAGCUCGAAACAAUAGCUGUAAGGAACCUCAUCAAAGAGAAAGGACACAAUGCAGAGAGUACUCAACAUCUGAUUGAUCUUCUUAACAAAUUCAAACAAGUUGCAGGUAUGGAAGAAAUCAAUAUUCUUGAUGAACCAGUCAUGCCUAAAAUGUUGGCCAAGUGCCCGUCCUUGAUGAUCCCACAUGAAUUUCUUUGUCCAAUCACACUAGAAAUCAUGACAGAUCCUGUCAUUGUUGCCAGUGGACAGUCAUAUGAAAGAGAAAGCAUACAGAAAUGGUUCGAUUCUAAUCACAGGACUUGUCCCAAAACCAGGCAAACUCUUCCUCAUCUGACACUUGCGUCUAAUUAUGCUCUUAAAAACAUAAUCUUGCAGUGGAGUGAGAAGAACAAUUUUAAACUUCCCUCAAAGGAUAAUCCAGGAGACCAUGAAAGCUCCUCAACUGAUCUCAAAGAGGAGAUCUUGUCCCUUGUUGAAGGACUAUCUUCGAGCCAUUUAGAAACGCAGCGAAAGGCGGUUAAGAAGGUUCGGUUGCUCUCCAAAGAGAACCCUGAGAACAGAAUUUUGAUUGCCCACAAUGGAGGAAUCCCACCAUUAGUACAGCUCCUAUCCUAUCCAGAUUCAAAGAUUCAAGAGCAUGCAGUAACAGCUUUGUUGAAUUUAUCGAUUGAUGAAUCUAACAAGAAGCUCAUAGCUAGAGAAGAAGCCAUACCAGCUAUCAUAGAGGUGUUGCAGAAGGGAAGUAUUGAGGCCAGAGAGAACUCUGCAGCAGCACUAUUUAGCUUGUCAAUACUGGAUGACAACAAAAUGAUUGUGGGGUUAUCAAAUGGGAUCCCACCUUUGGUGGAAUUGCUUCAAAAUGGGACAAUUAGAGGUAAGAAAGAUGCAGCCACUGCUCUUUUUAACUUAUCACUUAAUCAAGCUAACAAGACCAGGGCCAUUAGUGCUGGCAUUGUAGCACCUUUGCUCCAGUUACUGAAUGACAGAAACUUGGGCAUGAUUGAUGAGGCUCUGUCCAUUUUCCUACUCAUUGCCGCACACCCAGAUGGGCGGCAAGAGAUUGGACAGCUAUCCUUCAUUGAAACACUUGUGGAGUUUAUUAGAGAAGGAACUCCCAAGAACAAGGAGUGUGCAGCCUCAGUUCUUCUUGAGUUGGCAUCAAACAACUCAUCUUUUAUAUUGGCUGCUCUGCAGUUUGGAGUGUACGAGUAUUUAGAUGAUAUGGCAAAGAAUGGAACCAACAGAGCACAGAGGAAAGCAAAUGCUCUAUUGCAGCUGAUGAGUAAGAGUGAGCAAAUUCCAUAAUAUUCCAUAGAAAAUGCAUUACUUAAUGAUUGUUUGGGUUGGUCUGUAUGUAGAAUUUACUUCUCAAACUUCUUAAUCUCGACCUUCAGCCAGUGCAUGUGUAAUCUUAUGACUUACAUUAGUUCACACUCCAAAGGCAAUGUUAGUGAUAUUUUUUUUGGGAAA